AUGAAUACAGGUGUCCACGACACCGUGAACCUUGCCUGGAAAGUAGGCGGCGUGAUCAAAGGAUGGAAUGCAUCUGAUGCCCUCCAGACGUACGAGGAUGAGCGUCGAACAGCUGCACAGUAUCUCACAAAACUCAACAAGACGGUCUCCGCAGCUGUCUCCGGCACUAUUUCAGAAGAGUACAAAGGAUUAUCUCUCAACGCCAAUGGACUAUGGACUAAGAUUACAUCGGACUCGAUGCUUCUUAACAUUGGACUGGGUGUCAGCUACCAAGAGAAUACGUUCAACAAGUACCCUCUGACAGGCAUGGUUUCAGCUGGGCAUAGGGGUCCUGAUUCGCUACUCAUGGCCUCUGGAUCUCGGGUUCCCGCCCGACUCUAUCAAUUUACUAAAACACUGGUCAAUGGAUUACUUGAACUUCAAACCACCCUGCCCAAGGAAAUGGUUCGCUUCCUUACCUUGAUUGCUGGAAGUUUUGGCGGGGGUAACUGUUGUUUUGGAACACCUCGAAUUGGGAAGGUUUACUUUGUUUCAGAAUAUGCCGCUCACGGGAGAUAUGCAGUAUCCACUACUCAGGGUGCUAUUGUGGUUCUCCGGCCAGAGGGUAUUCUAGAUUAUGCCACUACGUUGGAUGAUACAGCGAGCAUCGGUGCUUUCUUUGCCGGCUUUGUUGAAUCUAGAUGA